GAAUGUUUUGAACAAUACAAUAACGUUUUGUACCGAUACUAUCAUAAUGGAACUGGUAUACCAGGAAACGGUUAUGUACUAAUCGUUGAUGCAGCCCAAAGAGGACCAUGUUCAGGUUCAGGUCCAGCAGCAUACGCUGGACCAUGUCAUAUGGAUCCUGUAACUGAUAG